AUGCAGAGUUCAACAACUAGGCAGUCGCCCUCCUCAUCCCCCUGGGGAACAGACCAUCAUUCCCGGCAACUAGGUGCUAUCUUGAACUCCUCGGCUACUCUGCCAAUGCAAUCGUCAGCUCUCAACGGCCCCAUGGCAUCUCCGUUUUUGUUCCCCCGGGAUUCUUCAGAUGGAGUUGGUUCUGGCGGAUCAGCGACAAGUACUAAUUACUUCGGUCUUCCUGUGGACAAUACCAGCAAUCCGCCUGGAUCGAACCCAGGGCCCCACACAAAAAGGAACUGGGAUACGUUGACACAGCCAUAUUCCUCACUCCCCAGUCCAAGGCUGCACAGGGUAUCACCGAAUCCAGUGCAGAAGCAUAUCCUUAGCCUGGUAGGAUCCGAAUCUCAAGUGGUUCAGCAAGAUCCCUCUCGCAUUGGAGAUCACACUACUGAUGUUCCCCCGACGGGUUCAGAGUCAAAUCGAGAUGCGCCCUUUUUGCCAGGAAGAACAGUCAACCAAGGUGGUGGAUCUAAAUCACAGGAAACUGGCAUGGAAAUUGACGAAUAUCCUGGCUCUGUAGGCACCUCACGGAGAGGACCAUUUACCAAUCUGGGCAUGAACCUUGAGCUUCCGAAAACAUAUUCUCCCGCCACAUAUCAAUCGACUAAUUCGAGCCCCAUCCCCCGUCCUAGUCUGUCUUUGCCACCGGCUGCCACACAUACCCCAUCACCAAAUCGAAACAAAAGCGACCACCGUCGUGCAGAUACACUUCCAACGGCUUUGGAACAAGUGCCGAUCAGUUUUAUCUCGGCUGAGACGUGUGAACAGUUACUUCAGACAGUAUCUCAAACAACUUUGCUACUUGAUGUCAGGCCGUAUCCCCAAUUUUCCCAAGCAAAUAUCAUGGAGAGUCUCAAUCUCUGUAUACCUACGACGCUUCUUAAAAGGCCUUCUUUCAACACGGACAAACUCACGGAUACGUUCGCCAACGAGCAUGAAAAGAGCAAAUUUUCGUCUUGGAAGGAGUGCACAUAUAUUAUAGUAUACGAUUCAAAUACCGAGCAGCCGCGAGACGCCACACAACUCAUAAAUGUUCUUAAAAAAUUUAAGGUGGAGGGCUGGCUAGGCGAAGCAAAAAUACUGCGUGGAGGGUUUGCGGCUUUUGCCAGCCGAUUUCCAAACCGUGUUCGACAGCAACGUCGAGGUAAAGCCAACACUUCAAAUAUGCAACCUCGACCAAUGAGCCUAAACCUCCCAUCUACCGUUCCAGUAGCUGGAGGUUGUUCGUUGCCAGAAGUUCCCGCCAGCGAACCCUUCUUUGGCAACAUUAGACAGAAUAUGGACUUGGUCGGCGGCGUUGGACAGAUUCCAGUCAAACUUCCAGAUGGUCUGACGCCUAGUCGGAAUAGAAGUCUACCAUCGUGGCUUCGCACCGCGUCGGCUCACGAAGAUAAAGGACAUAACGUCUCACAAAAAUUCUUGAAUAUUGAAGAGCGCGAGCUUCAUCGCAUGCGGGAAGCACUGAGUCCUAAAGCCAAUUACAAUGAAACGUCCUCCACUAAAUUUCGCGUUGCCGGAAUUGAGAAGGGCUCAAAAAAUAGGUACAACGAUAUUUAUCCCUUCGAUCACACUCGAGUUCGGCUUCAGGAUAUUCCUACCGGCGACUGCGAUUAUGUGAAUGGUAAUUAUCUAAAAGCUAAGCUUACCAACAAGAGUUAUAUUGCCACUCAAGCUCCUAUUCCAGAUACGUUUGACGAUUUUUGGCGUGUUAUUUGGGAGCAAGAUGUCCGCGUGAUCGUAGCUCUUACAGCUGAAGUUGAGCGAGGACAGAUUAAAUGCCAUCCGUAUUGGAAUAAGAGCAGUUACGGUCCAUUCAAGGUUAAACCUCUUGGAGAAAGGCGUGUGUAUAUGGACCCAAAAACGGCCGAGGCCACUGAUGACUCUCAACAAAAUGUCCAAUCACUGCGAAUGCCUUCGGUGUCUGGAAAAAGCAUGUCUUCAGAGGGUCUUUACAAUGCAGGAGAUGAACGGCCUUUCAUCUUUGUCCGGCAUUUUACUCUCUCGCACGCUGCUUAUCCCUUUCAGCCUAUUCGAGAAAUCACCCAACUUCAAUAUUCCUAUUGGCCAGAUUUUGGGACGACAUCUCAACCCGCUCACUUACUGAAGCUUGUGGAACAGUGUAAUAAAAUCACUCGAAGUAGCAGUGGACUUCAUCUAAGCGAUGAGGAUGUUGAGCCUCCCGAUUCCAGGCCUGUCGUGGUUCAUUGCAGUGCCGGAUGUGGUCGAACAGGCACUUUCUGUACUGUCGACAGCGUGUUGGAUAUGCUAAAGCAGCAGCGGUUGAUGCGGAAGACAGCUCGCGAAAUAACUAAUGACGAGAAAUGGAUGUUCGAUGACUCAGUGGAUUUAGUUGCCAAAACAGUUGAGGAUUUCCGAACGCAGCGUCCAAGCAUGGUUCAAAAUCUGAGCCAAUUUGUGCUCUGCUACGAAACUAUUUUGGAGUGGGCUGUUGCACACAUUGAUGAACAGGAGGCUGGGAAUUCAUGA